AUGGACGAUUCCAUGAAUUUUGUACCAUCCGGAUCAGGAACUUUGCAUACGAGUAAUAGCAGUAGAUCACUGCCGUCUGCGAUCGCUUCUGCAUCUGCAGUCUCAGCGACAUUAGCAACAGCUGCAGCAACCGUAACUCCGACACCCCAGCUCUCAUCCCUAUCACAGUCCUCAUCAGCCAUUGAUUUACGACUGAAGUUGAGCGCUCAUUCGGAUUCAGUUGGUGCUCCAUCAGGGACGGCAUCAACGACUGCGAUACGUUUCUAUGAUAUCCAACACCAGUCAGCAUCCGCUUCUGGAUCUGUUUGCAUUGGUGGCCAACAAGGCAAUCGCGAUUGCUAUUCACAGUCCGGCCAGUGCACAGACUAUUUAGAUGGACAGCACUCACAGCAAGUGCUGAACAGUCUGAAUCGUUUUCGAUUGCACAAUUUUAUGUGUGACAUCGAAAUUGAGGUCGAAGGAAAUAUUUUCGCUGCUCAUCGUUGUGUGCUAGCAGCGGCAAUCCCGUACUUCAACUCAAUGUUCAUGUCGGAUAUGCGUGAAGCUCGACAAAAACGAGUCGUCAUCCAGGAUAUCCCAGCCAAUGCAUUCCGACAACUUCUUGAAUUUGCCUAUACAAGCCAUGUGAGUAUCAGCGGUGAUAAUGUACAACAGCUUCUUUACACAGCCAGCAUUCUACAGAUGGAUACAGUUUGUGCAGCAUGCCAGAGUUUUCUGAUUCAAAACCUGACCAUAUUGAACUGCUUAUCAAUCAGACAGUUUGCCGAGCAGUACAAUUGUGUGGCACUUUUAUCAUCGGUGGAUGACUUUGCAAUGGAACACUUUGCGGAACUCCGUAAGCUACCUGAAUUUUUAAUGAUACCAAUUGAACAUUUACUGGAUAUGUUACGGAGUAGUGAUUUGAAAGUGAACAACGAACAAGAAGUAUUCGAACUAGCAAUGGAAUGGGUAGGGAAAGCUGAACAAGAGCGUAAAAAGCAUCUGCCCGAAAUUCUGGCCAAUAUUCGACUGCCUCUAUUGCCGAUCACGUAUUUCUUGAAUGAAGUCAUCAAGCAUCCACUUGUUGUGGAGAAUGUUCGUUGUCGUGACCUGGUCGGCGAAGCGAUGAGCGAGAUAAUGCGCACUCGAUUAACGUCGAACAUCCCGGCCACAACUCCUCCACUUUAUCCAUCAGAAUCCUCCUAUACCACAUCCUGUUCAUCAACACAGUCUCUGAAUACAAUUUCCACUACUCUAAACUCUACAGCUCCUCGGAGUUUCACCUUAUCAACUAGUGGUCUUCUUCCAGAACAGGGUGAAGAAAUGCAACAAGCGAAUAGUUCCAUUAAGAAAAUAUCGAAAGUUUCUGCGCAGCAGACAAAUCUAUGGAGUAACUGCCGACCAAGAAAGAGUGCAGCUGGUGUAAUAUUUUGCGUCGGUGGUCGAGGAACAUCUGGAGAUCCGUUUCGUUCUGUGGAAGCGUUCGAUUGGCGUCGUAAUCGCUGGUUACCAGUCAGCGAUAUGAAUGUUCGCAGAAGGCACGUUGGCGUUGUGAGUGCUCAAGGGAAACUCUACGCAAUCGGUGGUCACGACGGAACGAAUCAUUUGGAUUCAGCGGAGUGUUUCGAUCCCGAAACAAAUAUGUGGCAUACAGUCGAGUCGAUGGACACUCAUCGCAGAGGGAUAGCCGUUGGUGCAUUGGAAGGUGCGAUAUAUGCUGUGGGGGGUUUGGAUGAUACGGCUUGUUUCCAGACAGUGGAACGUUAUGAUAUCGAGUCGGAUAAAUGGUCAUCGAUUGCACCGAUGAAUGUUCAGAGAGGUGGUGUUGGUGUGGCUGCGUUAGGAAAAUAUUUGUUUGCUGUUGGUGGUAACGAUGGUACAUGUUCACUGGAUUCAUGUGAACGCUAUGAUCCGCUUCUGAACAAAUGGAAAAUGGUGGCUAAUAUGCAGCAUCGAAGGGCUGGUGCUGGUAUAACGGUGCUUGACGGAUGUCUGUAUGCGAUUGGUGGAUUUGAUGAUAACGCUCCACUGCCGUCGUGUGAGCGAUACAAUCCCGAAGAUAACUCAUGGACUUUACUUGCUCAAAUGUCAUGUCCCCGAGGUGGAGUGGGUGUGGCGGCAAUGGGUGGACGAGUCUAUGCGAUCGGAGGGCAUGACGGGGUUAGAUAUCUGAAUUCAGUUGAAGCCUAUGAACCACUCACAAACCAGUGGACUCCAGUGGCAUCGAUAAGUCAGUGCAGGGCUGGUGCGGGCGUAGCAUGGGCCGACUGUCGUGUGGAUUGUUUGUUGCGUCCUCCGUCGAUGGCGAUAUCCAAAGAUAGUGGCUGUGCUCCAUGCCUCACGGGCGUUGCACACUGUGUUUGA